UAUUCUUGAAAACAGUGCAACCUUGCAAUGAAAUUCAUUUCAGCCUUCAUCUUUGCCUGCUGUCUCAUACUCUCUUGUAAUGCUGAUGGCCUUCAGAAUAUAGAGUCUAAUCUCUUCACUGGCAACGAUAAUCCAAAUUACAUCUUGCCGGGAUCUUUAGGAUGCACAUACUUCACAUUUUCUUUCGUGUGCAAUUCGAGAUGCUUUUUCAGAGGAUAUUUUAAUGGUGGACAAUGUUUCAACAAUGAAUGCGUCUGUGCUCCUAAUAACAAUGAAAUUUAUUAGAUAUAUCAGCAAACAGCUGAUACCGGCAGUAAUUAAGUUUUAAUAAAUUGUCUGUUAUGAAAAGAUUCAAACUUAGU